AGAACUGCGACUUGUGAGAAGAUUUGUUUUCCAGCAAGACAGUGACCCCGAGCAUAAAGCCAAAGCUACACACAGUUGGCUUAAAAACAAAGUUAAUAUCCUGGCCAAGUGAGAGUCCAGACCUAAAUCCAAUUGAGAAUUUGUUGCUGGACUUGGAAAGGGUUGUUAACUCAUGAUCCCCAUCCGAUCUGACAGAGCUUGAGCAGUUUUUUAAAGAAGAAUGGGGGAAAAAUUGCAGUGACAAGACGUGGACAAGCUGAGAGACCUAUCCACACAGACAAGGCUGUAAUUGCCGCCAAAGCUGCAUCUACUAAAUACUGACUUGAAGGAGGUGUCGGCAUGCAGCCAUUGCCAAGUAUUUUGGAGAUGCAAUUCCAAUUUGUAAUCAGGCAUGCGAUCACUGCAAAAAUCCUGAGAUUGUGAUGAAACAGCUGGACUCCCUGCAGAGGCUUGACCUCAGCAAGGCUCAAGCAUCGGCUACAACACCAUCAGCUGCAGGACCAUUCGGAUACAUCAGUGACCUGUAUGAAGGGGGCAAAAAGGGUUACGGCUUUGAAAGAUAUGGGAAUGAAGAUGGCAGUGAAUCAGAUGGGGAAAGUGAGCACAGAAAGAAGGAAUGGAAUAAGUUUUAUCAGAAACAGAUGAAGCUGCGUAAGAAUGGGGAACCUGUAAAGGAUGUCUUUGUACCACCAGACCUUGACUGUCCCCUCCGUGAUGCAGCCAAUCAAAAAAUACCUAAGCUCUCUGUCAAGGCACGAGAACAUUGUCUCCACAUGCUGGAGGAGGCACUGACCAAGAAUAAAGGGACGGAAGUCACCAAAGCAGACCAAAGGGCUGACCCCCACUCAUGUGCCAUACAGAUGGAACAUGAAGCUUUCAAAACCAGCAAAAUGGCUAAUUUGUAUAAAGCAGUUGUACUCCGAAAGGUUGCAGAAAUUAACAAACUGACUGAAAAUGGACUGCUGUAUCCAAAACUGUCAGAAAUGGACAAUGCAGCAGCAUCAACAGUCAGAACAGCAAAUAGUGAUAAAGACAAUGAAACAUUUACUUCUGCAUCAGAGCUCUAUUCUUUUAAGCCAAAGCGUGUUGGAGUAGCAGUUAAUUGUUCAUCCAGCCCAUUCCAGACAGCAAGAGAUCUGCUGAGGAAUUCUGUGCCAGCGGAGAGUGAGCAUAGGAAUUAUGCUAAGUUGGAGGAUUCAAACCACCAUUCAAAAAGAGCAGAGGAAAAAACAGCACAUGAUUGCACAAAUCCUUCUGUAGACAGCAAUGUGAGGACGUGUCAAACCGCACCUGCUUGUGCCAGUUCCAUCAAGAAGAAAUCCACUAAAAAACAAUUGCUUGCAGAAAGCGCCAAGAAGGGGUCACAGAAUAUUACUAAAUUUUUUCAGAAAAACAAAUCUGAAGGAUUAACAAAGAAUUCACCUAAGAGUCUCAAUGAUGAUCUCCGCUCUCUGAUCAAUGAUGGCCAAGAGCAGUAUAGCAGGAAAGGAUUAUCUUCCGUUCUAACCUCUUCUGAGGGGCUGGAAUCAUUCUCAGAUCCAGAGAAUUGGAAAAAACAUGAGCAAUUUUUUCAUCAUUUGGAGGAAAAGAUAAGUGAUGGAAUUAGAAACGUGGAAGAAGUACCUGACAUGAGCAAACAAAUAUUGGAAGUUGCCCAUAAUGCUGGUGAGAAAAGAUCAGCAUCAAAUGAGGGAUCUGGGUUACUCGAUCCCAAGCGACAGCGAACCAGCACUUCAUGUCCUGAGAUUAAGGCCAAUCAAGUCAAGAAGAAAGUGAGCUUGGACUCCUUGUUUCAGGGGAGCACAAAAGUGCUUCCUCCUGCAUCAAAAGGAGGACAACUGAAGCAGACAGCAGAUGUUGUUGUCAAGUGCUUGACUCCUUAUUACAAAGAAGGAAGAUUUGCUUCUAAGGAUUUAUUUAAAGCCUUUGCUCGCUACCUUUCUCAUUUACUGGCUGUUGAGAGUGCUUCAAAGAAAAAUGUGAAAGAAGAGGCUCAGCGAAUAAUCCACUGCUUCUUUAAAAGAUGCAGAAAAUGUGAGAGUGAAAAUGACUGGAGGGGCAUGAAUGCAUUGUAGCCAUUCUGUUAUAUUUGACACUGACAAGAAGCAAUGUGGUUUUGUUUAUUGUUUGUUUGACAAUUUAAUAUGUUAUCUUCAUCAGAACUGCAUCAAUCAGGGCUAAUCUCAGUAAUUAGGAAACAUUUACCUGUUCUAUGCAAACUCUUUGAAAUAUGCACCAGGUCUAUUGAAUGAAAAUAAGUUUAUAUUAUUACUAUUGUUCUGUUAUAACUGAGAGAAUUGUGAAGAGAUAUACUUUACUAAAAUAAAAUUUUUGUCCAAAUAACUCUCGAAAGGUUUGCUGGAAAAUGUUAGUCUUGAGUCGCACAGGGUCAGAGGGUGGGUUCCAGAUGACUAAGCUAUGAUUUCAUCUAUGAGUGCUACAUGAAACAUAAUUUUUUUUUUAUCUAUGUAAAAAUAGCAGACAGUGUCUUAGCUUAGCUUUUAGCCAUAGACCAGCACAUCUAGUAUUCUACACUUUCAUUACUGUUCUGAUUACUUUAGUAGAAAGUUAUAAAGUUUUUAUACAGAAAUCACCAGAGAUGUAAUCUGUACAAUAUUUUGCUCCACUAAUAUGGUGAACUGAGGUCAAGGCUUGAGCUUGGGCCUACUGCUCAGGCUGCUCCAGCAAGCAGAUCUAAGGACUCCAUCUGGUUUGGAAUGCUGUCAUUUACUUUUAUUGCUUGCAUGAUAUGUGUGUGUGUGUGUGUGUUUUUCUUUUCCUUUCUCGGUGCAGUGGUUAUGAUCUUUCUUUUAAAUUGAGUUCUUCGGGUUUCUUGCUGUGUGCUUCCUGUAAGCAAACAAAUCUCAAGUUGCAUAAUUUAUGCAUUAUUUGAUAAUAAAUGUACU